AUGUUGAUGCUAUACUUGACGAACGAGAUGAAGCUCAAGUUCACAGACGCAGCCGUCAUUGUGAACGUGUUUGCUGGUGUAUCAGCGAUUGGUCAUCUCGGUAUGCAGUUUCUAGUCGAUGCAUUUAUAGGUCACUUUUGGAUGCUCUGCCUCUCCACGUUAGCAUUCACUUUCGGUUUUGGGUUCUUGGCAACAUCAGCAUCGCCAAUACUCUCCGGUGGAGGACAAAAGGGUAUGUUCUACGUUGCGUUAACAGUUAUAUCCGUUGGUAUAUUUGGACGGUCGAUCUCUUUGGGAGUGUUUACAGAAGAUCAACUAGAAGACGGUGGUAACAAAGGAAAUCCAGCAAUGCUCACUAGCUUUGUCAUUGGAAAUGUUGGGAACUUUGUGUUUCCUUUAGUUGCUGCUAUUGCGAUUCCUCAGAUAAGUCCGUGGUUUGUAAGAUUCGCUAUCCCCGCUGGUUGUGAGGUUCUUGCAAUGCUGAUUUUUCUGUCCGGUGCUUGUUCAUACAAACGUGAAAAGCCUUGUGGAAGCCCUUUGACUACAGUUUUCCGAGUCUUUGCGGCUUCUGCUUCCAAAAUGUCUUGCGGAUACACUAAAAACUCAACUCAGCUCUUCUAUGAACAAACCGAGUGUGAUCUUGAUAUGAAGUCUCAUACAAGUAGCUUGAGGUUCUUGGACAAAGCUGCGAUGAUACUUCAAACCGAGCCUUUAGAACAACAGAGGAAAAACAGAUGGAGACUUUGUCGGGUGACGGAAGUGGAGCAAACCAAAAGCGUAAUCCGCACGGUUCCUUUGUUCACGACAUCUCUCAUCUCCGGGAUUGUUUUCUCACUCGGUAACACUUUCUUCCUCGAACAAGCAAACAAUUUGGACUCCAAGUUCGGAUCUUGGAACCUCCCUCUCCCACUUCUCUUACUCUUUAGCGAAGCCGCAAGACUAGGAUCCCGAGAACUAUGCGUCAUGGCUGCAAAACGCCAUGCCAUUGACACACCAAAACAAACCAAAACGCCUUAUGGUAUACCAGUCUCCAUCAUCCUAUCAAUAUUCUGCUGCGCCAUUGCUGCACAUGUUGAGUCUAGGAGGCUCAAAGUGGUUACUACAACUCAAGGUUUGGUUUAUGGAACUGUUCCCAUGAGUGUCUUCUGGCUGCUCCCACAGUACGUUCUUCUCGGGUCAAUCACAGGAAUCUACGAGAACAGCUUUGCGCUUUACCUAGAAGAAACAGUCCCUGAAGAGCUGAGCCAAUACAUGGUUCUGUUGAACGUGGGCGUGUGUGGGGUUGGGAUCAUGAGCAAUAUCGCUCUUGUAAGUGUGGUGGGAAGAGUAAGCGGAGGCAAAUGGUUUCAAGACACAAUAAACAAGAGCCGUUUAGAUAACUAUUACUGGGUGUUAUCAGUUUUGAGUAUGUUCAAUCUUUUGUUAUAUUUCUCUGUAACUUAUAGGUACACAAUGUGCUACAAGAAAGAUGCUGUAGCACAAGAAAAUGAUCGAUAA